CUCAAACCAUUCAAGAAGGAUCUGACUCCUUACGGUGUGAUACCAUAACCACUACAGUGCCCCUUUAGGACAUGGUGGACGCUCUAGGUGUUGUGUUGGGCAGCAGUUUGACUGUAAUGCUCGGAGCCACUGCCCUCUAUAUCCUGAUACGUUGGUACCAGAGUGGACGUUGCUGCCAAGAAACCAGUUUUGUUUUCAAUCUAUACAGCAUUCGGCAGCUGAAAUCUAUGGAUAUGGAACUAACACCUCCAUUUACAGUCAGUGGUACCAUGAAAAAUCAAUGUCCUACGACUAGAUACAAUUAUGAGUUGUUCCAAGAAGAUGAUGUGUGAGAGUUGUUACACCAAAUGGCAAUUUUUCUGUUCAUUUUAGUACAAACAAUUUUUUUAUACACAACCCCAACAUUGCAGUUUUUUCUGUACUACAUACCUAUAGCAUACUAUAAGUAUUUCAAAGCACAGGUAUAUAUUCUUUCAAUUUCUUAAGCAAUACAAUUCCAUCCUCCCAGAAAAAUGUUGACUUAAGUUGAGUAUAAUGUUGAGCUUCACAGGUCAUCUGUACUCGAAAAAUACUGAUCUUCCUCUGUAUUUGGCUACCAACAAAGCUCCUUUGCAUUACAAAAAGACUUUUGACUAACUGACUUUCUUAGCAUCCCAGAUAGAAAUGGAAUUCUGCCCUAACGUCGAGUGUAUCCUUCAGUUCUGCAGCUAUAUGAUUGUGUGUAAUUUCUUCAAGGAAAAUGGUUAAUCCACAUUUUAUUGUACCAGGAAGAUUUAUAAUAGUUGUUGAUUGUUGAUCUUUGAUCAAACAGUCCAGUUAUGAAAACGAUAAAACCCAACCAGGCCAGAUUGUGUUCUAUAG